AUGUUUGAUACCGGAAGCUGGAUAACAUGGAUUCCUUCCACUGGUUGCAACCAGCAAGGUGGAUGUGAAUCUCCCAGACCAGAUUUCAAGACCAAGGACUCCUCUACUUUUAAAGGCUCCAAUUCCAAGUUUGAUGGCAAAUACGGGUCCUUGACAGCUACCGGAGACUUUUUUAGAGACGCCGUGCAAGUGGGAGGUGUCUCAUUGGCAAACCAGCAACUCGCACAGGUUUACAAACAAACAGGCACCUUUGCAAAGCAAAGCAACAAAGGCGGAUUUACCAUUGAUGGUAUCUUGGGUGCUGGAUUUGGUGAUAUAGAGCCUCCUAUACCCUUUGCGUUGUAUCAAGCAAAGCUCAUCCCAGAGCCACGAUUCUCUGUUUAUACGGGUGCCCCAGGCGGUAUUAGUGGCUCUGUUGUAUUUGGCGCUGUACAAGACAACAAAUCACUCAACAUCACAAAUGCCCUUGACAACCAAUUGUAUUGGUAUGUGAAUCCAAACAAGCUGAGCGUGGAUGGUGAUACCGUUUUAUCAUUCGACAAGAAUGAUAAAUGGAUGGUGGACAGCGGCACAUCAACGAGUCGUCUCUCCUUCCAGAUGAAGCCAAAAAAUUGCAACUGCUCAAAGUACCUAAGCCAAUCGUGGACGAUUGAUUUAACCCUUCCAGGUCAAGAUCAUGGAGCAGCAUUUGACUUACAAUUCACACCAGCUGAUGCGUUAAUCAAAAUUGGUCAAAAUACGUGUGUCUUUGGUUUUGGAGUCGCUGCUCAGCGAUUCUUAGGCAAUUCCAUCUUGCAGCGUUACAUCACAACGUACGACUUUGGUGAUAAAUCAAUUGGCUUUACUCUUAAAUAA